GAUGAAGUGCCUGCAGACAUGGUUGCAGAAGAAUCAGGUCCUGGUGCACAGAAUAGUCCAUAUCAACUUCGCAGAAAAACUCUUAUCCCUAAAAGAACCGCUUGUCCAGCAAAGAGCAGUAUGGAGGGUGCUUCAACUUCGACAACUGAAAACUUCGGUCAUAGAGCGAAGCGUGCAAGAAUGUCUGGGAAAUCCCAAGACCUACCUGCAGCACCCGCAGAACAGUACCUUCAGGAAAAACUGCCAGAUGAAGUUGUGCUGAAGAUCUUCUCGUACCUUUUGGAGCAGGACCUCUGUAGAGCAGCUUGUGUGUGCAAGCGCUUCAGUGAACUUGCAAACGACCCUAUUUUAUGGAAACGAUUAUACAUGGAAGUGUUUGAGUAUACAAGGCCUAUGAUGCAUCCAGAACCUGGGAAAUUUUAUCAGAUUAACCCUGAAGAGUAUGAACCUCCAAACCCCUGGAAGGAGAGUUUUCAACAACUGUACAAAGGAGCUCAUGUUAAACCUGGAUUUGCAGAGCAUUUUUACAGCAAUCCAACAAGGUAUAAAGGCAGAGAAAAUAUGCUGUACUACGACACGAUUGAGGAUGCAUUAGGUGGUGUCCAGGAAGCUCACUUUGAUGGACUUAUCUUUGUGCAUUCGGGCAUCUAUACAGAUGAGUGGAUCUACAUCGAGUCCCCAAUAACAAUGAUUGGUGCAGCACCAGGAAAAGUUGCAGACAAAGUAAUAAUUGAAAACACUAGAGACUCAACAUUUGUUUUCAUGGAGGGGUCAGAAGAUGCAUAUGUUGGGUACAUGACAAUCAGGUUCAACCCUGAUGACAAGUCUGCCCAGCACCAUAAUGCACAUCAUUGUUUAGAGAUCACAGUGAACUGCAGCCCAGUCAUUGAUCACUGUAUAAUCCGCAGCACUUGCACAGUCGGCUCUGCGGUGUGUGUAAGUGGCCAGGGCGCAUGUCCGAACAUCAAACACUGUAACAUCAGUGACUGUGAAAAUGUAGGACUGUAUAUCACCGACCAUGCAGAGGGGAUUUAUGAAGACAAUGAAAUCUCCAAUAAUGCAUUAGCUGGUAUAUGGGUAAAAAAUCACGGCAACCCUAUUAUUAGGAGAAACCAUAUUCACCAUGGUCGGGAUGUUGGUGUGUUCACGUUUGACCAUGGCAUGGGUUACUUCGAAAGCUGCAACAUCCAUAGGAAUCGAAUAGCAGGCUUUGAGGUGAAAGCCUAUGCCAAUCCCACGGUGGUCAGAUGUGAAAUCCACCAUGGUCAGACGGGAGGGAUAUAUGUCCAUGAAAAAAGGGAGAGGACAGUUCUUGGAGAACAAAAUCUAUGCAAACAAUUUUGCUGGUGUAUGGAUUACCUCAAAUAGUGACCCAACCAUACGGGGAAAUGCAAUUUUUAAUGGAAACCAAGGUGGUGUGUAUAUCUUUGGUGACGGAAGAGGCCUUAUAGAAGAAAAUGACAUUUAUGGCAAUGCUUUAGCAGGAAUACAGAUACGUACAAACAGCUGCCCCAUUGUCAGGCAUAAUAAAAUCCAUGAUGGUCAACACGGUGGAAUCUAUGUGCAUGAGAAGGGACAGGGAGUAAUUGAAGAAAAUGAGGUCUAUAGUAACACAUUAGCUGGAGUUUGGGUGACAACAGGAAGUACUCCAGUGUUACGGAGGAACAGGAUACACAGCGGAAAGCAGGUCGGUGUAUACUUCUAUGACAAUGGACAUGGAGUACUAGAAGAUAAUGACAUCUAUAAUCACAUGUAUUCUGGGGUUCAAAUACGGACUGGAAGCAAUCCUAAAAUUAGACGAAACAAAAUCUGGGGAGGUCAGAAUGGUGGAAUCCUUGUUUAUAAUUCUGGGCUUGGCUUCAUUGAAGACAAUGAGAUUUUUGACAAUGCAAUGGCUGGUGUUUGGAUAAAAACAGACAGCAACCCGACGUUAAGGCGAAAUAAAAUCCAUGAUGGGAGGGAUGGAGGGAUCUGUAUAUUUAAUGGAGGCAGGGGGUUGCUGGAAGAAAAUGACAUCUUCAGGAACGCUCAAGCUGGAGUGCUCAUCAGCACUAACAGUCACCCUGUCUUAAGGAAAAACCGAAUAUUUGAUGGUUUUGCUGCAGGUAUUGAAAUUACAAACCACGCUACUGCGACCCUUGAAGGCAAUCAGAUAUUUAACAACCGCUUUGGAGGGCUAUUCUUGGCAUCUGGUGUAAAUGUUACUAUGAAAGAUAACAAAAUAAUGAACAAUCAAGAUGCUAUAGAAAAAGCAGUCACUAGAGGCCAGUGUCUGUACAAGAUUUCAAGUUAUACCAGCUACCCAAUGCACGAUUUCUACAGAUGUCACACCUGCAACACAACAGACCGCAAUGCCAUCUGUGUGAACUGCAUUAAGAAAUGUCACCAAGGACAUGAUGUAGAGUUUAUUAGGCAUGAUAGGUUCUUCUGUGACUGUGGUGCCGGAACACUGUCUAAUCCUUGUACAUUAGCUGGAGAACCCACUCACGACACAGAUACAUUAUAUGACUCUGCUCCACCUAUAGAAUCUAAUACAUUGCAACACAACUGA